AUGACUACAACAGGUCUGGAUGACUCUGAUAUAUCGAGUUCGAGUUCGAGUUCAGGCUCAAGCUCGGAUCAUGAGAGAGGUCCUCAUAGAAAAUCUCAAAGAUUAGACAAGCAACAAUACGUACAAGGAUAUGAAAAGUUAAUACAAGAAGUUCGAAAUAGUAGAGCAAGAGCUAAGAAAGGUGAAGCAUCCAAUUUAACUAUACUGCAUCUUAAUGAAUUAGAAGCAUUAUUUCAAAAUAUUCAACGAGAAAAUGUUAGAGAUACAAAAGUCCAUUUAAAGGAUUCAGAAGCAUUCAAAGAAACAGCAGAUUUUGCUGCCUUUAAUGCUAGAAAUUUAAAAUUUGAUGAUGUAGGAUUAUCUUUAACUGAAAGUGAAUUUUUAUCAUCUGUAAAGAGAUUUGCUGGCUCAAGAUCUACAGUUAAAAAUGAAGAUGGUGAACUUCUUGUCAAUGAAGAUAAUUAUGAUGAAGAAGAAGUUGAAGAAGAUGAAGAUGAAGGAGGAGUAAUCGCUUGGGAAGAGACCUUUAACUCAUUCAACUGGUUACGAUUGGGAGCAUUAUAUUAUCAAAUUAGUAAAAGAUCAAUUAAAAAUGACUUUUUAAAUGGUCCCUUGGCUACAGAAAGACGGAGACCUCAAAAUAGAGUCAGAAAUAUUGAUGAUACCAAAUCAAGUAUAUCAACAAGAGCAAAAAUCGUUCAAGCUAGUGAUAUUGCGACAAAUGAAGAACAAAAUACAGCAUAUAUGAUUAGAUCUAUUUAUGAGACCUUUUUAUCUAAGAAUGUCGAAGGUGAUGUCAAUUUCUUUGAACUAAUAAUAAAUCCCUACUCCUUUGCUCAAUCAGUAGAGAAUUUAUUCUUUACUAGUUUCUUAAUUAAAGAUGCUAGAUUGAAAUUAUAUACUAAUGGUGAAGGUAUUCCAAUGGUGAGGAGGGUAUUACCCACUGAGGGUGAGUCAGCUAUUCGAGAUGCCAAGGAGAAUAGUUCCAAACAUAAUAUUGCUACUCUUAAUUAUACUACAUGGCAAAAUCUAAUUGAAAGAUUUAAUAUAACAGAAGCAUUUUUAGGUAAUAGAGAUGAACCUGAGGAUACAAUCCCAGAGGAGGAUAUAGAUAACUAA